AACGGGAGGUAGAACUGAAAGGGGAGGGGGAUUGCGAUCAAAACAUUGGAGAGAUCUCGGGGUCUCACACUGCACCAUCCAGCUGCCUCACGCCUCUGUCCGCCGCUGCGGCAGCCGGGAGAGCGUUGUCACCGCUGCUCUCGCACAGGUCUGCGGCCACUGCUCGCUGCCUUCACGCCAUCUCUCGCCGCUGUCCAGCCCGCCAGCCCUGCGCCGGCUGCUGUAGUUGCUGCACCGCCUCCUCAUCCGGAGCCUCCGCCGGCCAAGCAUCCGUGAGUCAUUUUCUGCCCUUCUCUGGGCGCGCGGUUUCAGCGGUAGUUGUCACCUUAAGAGGGUUGCAGGCUUGCAAAAUGGCAGAAGCGGAUCUUAACAUGGUCUCGGAACCUGCCGCCCAGGGGGUCGCUGAAGAGGUGAAGGCUAGCUUGUCCAGUGAUUCCGGGGAAGAAUCUGACAGCAGUAGCUCUAGCGGCAGCACUGGUAGCAGCAGCAGCAGUAGCAGCAGUAGCAGCAGCAGCAGCAGCAGCAGCAGCAGCAGCAGCAGCAGCAGCAGUAGCACCACCACCACCACCAGCAGCAGCACCAGCGGCAGCAGUAGUCUCAGCCGCUUCUAUGGAAAGAGGAGGGUACCUGAGCCUUCUAGAAGGGCGCGGUGGGCUCCGUCGGGUAACAGUUUUGUGGAUCGGCUGCCACAGGCGGUUCGAAAUCGUGUGCAGGCGCUCAGAAACAUUCAAGAUGAAUGUGACAAGGUAGACGCCCUAUUCUUAAAGGCAAUUCAUGGUCUUGAAAGAAAAUAUGCCGAUCUCAAUAAGCCUCUAUAUGAUCGGCGAUCUCAAAUCAUAAAUGCAGAAUAUGAGCCCACAAUAGAAGAAUGUGAAUGGAAUUCAGAUGAUGAGGUGUUCAGCAGUGAUGAAGAGGUGCAGGACGACAGCCCUAGUGAAAUGCCUGCCUUAGAGGGUGAGGAAGAAGAGGAUCCUAAAGAAAAAACCGAGGUAAAGGCUGAAGAAACGGAGGUUCCUAAAGAAAUUCCUGAGACAAAGGCUGAAGAAAAAGCCCAAUCGAAAGAUCUUCUGGAGGCAAAGACUGAAGUAAAUGAAGAGCCUAAAGAAGUCCCCCAGGCAAACGCAGAAGAAAAAGAACAGCCUAAAGCAGCAGAGGCUAAGGAAAGGGCUGCAGUAAAAGAGGCUCCUAAAAGAGUUCAUGAGGUCAGGCCUAAAGAAAGAGUGAAUCUGAAACGAGCUCGUAAGGGAAAGCCUAAGAAAGAAGAACCUAAAGGCAUCCCCAACUAUUGGCUGACUGUUUUAAAGAAUGUUGACAAGCUCGGGCCCUUGAUUCAGAAGUAUGAUGAGCCCAUACUGAAGUUCUUGUCAGAUAUCAGCCUGAAGUUCUCAAAACGUGGCCAGCCUAUAAGUUACACAAUUAAUUUUUAUUUUCUGCCCAAUCCAUACUUCAGAAAUGAGGUGCUGACCAAGACAUAUAUCAUAAAGUCAAAGCCAGAUUACAAUGAUCCCUUUUUCACUUGGGGAUGGGAAAUCUAUGAUUGCAAAGGCUGUAAGAUAGAUUGGAGAAGAGGAAAGGAUGUUACCUUGACAACCACCUACAGUCGCACAACUGCCACUGGAGAAAUUGAAUUCAAGCCAAGAGUGGUUCCUAACUCAUCAUUCUUCAAUUUCUUCAGCCCUCCUGAGAUUCCUAAGAUUGGAAAGCUGGAGCCACGACAAGAUGCUAUCCUUGAUGAAGACUUUGAAAUUGGUCAAAUUUUACAUGAUAAUGUCAUUCUGAAAUCAAUCUAUUACUUUACAGGAGAAGUCAAGCGUGCCUAUUACAAUGGUAAAGAUUAUGGAAACAGGAAAUACAGAAAAUAAAGAGGCUGCCUGAAAGAAUUUUCAAGAUCUCAAAAGUUCAAGAAGAAGUGAAACCUGCUCUAUCACCUCAUUACUAGUGUUCUUUACAGUCUUGUGUUUUUGUAUUUUCUUAGUAGUCUAAAAAAGUAUCUUACAAUGUCUAAGUAUCACUUUAUUCUAUAUAGCCUGUUGCUGUGUGAUAUUCUCCAAAACCUGUAAACUGCUGUCAGUUAUUUAAAGCAUGUCAAUUUGGUGCUACAGAGUUUUUAUUUUUGUGAAGUCCUUUUGUCAUGUUCCUACUAGACUGUAUCUGUGAAAACUGUCAGAAUUAACUGAGACAAAUAUUUGCUUGAACAAAACAAUGUUCCUGAAGUACCAGGUGUUGUUAUUUUUUCCAGCCCAGAAGUCUAAGGAUUUAAAUCUGCUUGCACUAGCUGUGCCUUCAUUAUUUUGCUAUAGAAAUACAGUACUUAUAUUAACUAGAACAGUGCAUUGUGAAAUUUGCUUGCAAAAAUUAGCAUACAUUUAAGAAUGUCCAUACAGACUAUACAUAUGACUAUGAUUUUAUUUAUGUGAGUGUUCUAUAAAUUUAAUCAUAAUGAAGUAAUUGCUUACCACUGAGGUAUUAAUAUGACACAGUAUUUUAAAAAGUUUCUUCAUUUUAUGCUGUGUAAUUGUAAAGUUACUAACAACAUUUGUAAUAUGUUCUACUUUGCCUUUCACUGAAAAUGAUCACUUUACAUCACUUGAUAUUUUCAUGUACUUCUAUUGCAACCUAAAAUAAAUAAAUGUCAAAUAAAGUGUA